AUGCCGGAUAGUUGUUGUUCAAUCGGAUGCAAUAACCAACGAGGAGACAAGCCUGGGUUGUGCUUUUACAGAAUCCCAUCCGAGAAAGAAAACCCAGAGAGGAGGAGAUUGUGGAUUUGUGCUAUUAGACAUACCUCCAUCCCUGGGGAGGGCAAAGAAUGGCAACCAUCAAAGUACACACGUCUUUGCAGCGAACAUUUCAUCAAAGGUGCCAAAUCUGAUGACCUGUUGUCCCCUGACUGGGUUCCAUCUGUCUUCUCGCACACACCAACCACCAAGAAGAGGAAAAGGGAGAAAGACAUGAAAAGGUAUGAGCAGCACAGGAGAAUGCACAACAAGAGUGUGGAGGAGCAAAAACAGCAAGAUGCAGUGGAUGUCCUAGAAUUGUCAUCAGUGCCAGAUGCUGAGCCUGCGCCACCUGCUGAGGAUGAACAACAGUGUGACAACAAACCAUGCAAGGAAAAGUUUGCAAGAUUACAAAAGGAAUGUAAUGUCCUCAGGGAGGAAAAUCAUAGGCUGAAGGACAUUAUUAAAUCAGGAACAUUUGACGCACUGGCUUUUGGAAAAUAUGAUGAAAUGGUGAAGGCAAUGACUGGAAUCCCCACAUAUUCCAAGUUACAAGUUCUGAGGAUUUACAUGCACUGCCAAGGCUGUAUGCCAGAUGAAUCUGAGAAGUUUGCACAACGGCAGUAG